AUGGCACUGAUGACGACGGCGACGGCGACGGCGACGGCGUUGACAAUCGUGAUCGGUCGUGAGACAAUUGCGCAGGCAGCCAUUGGCUGCCGUGCGAGAAGAUACGCAACCGCCAAGAAGAAACCGAGCGUCAGCUAUGAUUCGGGUAUUCUCAACUCUUUCAAGAUCUGGUACCGGGAGAUGAGCAACUACGACGACGGCGAUGCGUUUGCGCAGGACCAGUUUUUGAGCUACGUGUUGCCGUACUACCGGCCGAAGGAGCUUGUCGAGGACAAGGACCGGGCAAUGCGGGCGUUCAGCGUGAAGACGCCAUUGAGGAAGCGGGAGGAGCCAGAUCUCUCGGACUCGAACCAGUGGUACUUGAACGAGAUCCGGGUUGAGAAGCGGGAGACGCGUGGGACUUCGGAGAAGCCCGCGGAGACGAAGCACUUGGUGAUGUUGCACGGGUACGGUGCGUCGAGCGGAUGGUUCUACAAAAACUACAAGGGCAUCAUAGAGGGGAGCAAGCGGGUGGGGAACCUCAGCAUCCACGGGCUGGACAUGAUUGGGUUUGGGUUGAGCGGGCGGCCGAACGUGCGGUUUGCGCACGACGCAGACACCAAGCCGAGCUUGGAGAUCGAGACGCAGGGCAUCCGGUGGGGGAGGUACGCGGUGUGUCUGAAGUGCGGGGGCCACUUGGACGGGAAGCACAGCACGGGCGGGCACUGGUGCUCGUGUGCCGCGGAGGAGGAGGACCUGCGGCGGGGCGUGGCGGCGGGCGGGGGCGGGCCCGCCAGCGUGGUGGUGAAGAAGGAGGACGUGUACGAGUACGUGCAGAACCAGCGGGCGCUGGUUGCGGAGGCGGAGGACGUGUAUGUGGAGAGCCUCGAGCGGUGGCGGGCGGCGAACGGGAUCGAGCAGUUCGACCUCGUGGCGCACUCGCUGGGCGGGUACCUUGCGGUGUGCUACGUGCUGCGGUACCCGGGGCGGGUUGGCCGCGUGGUGCUUGCGAGCCCCGGCGGCGUGGAGAGGACGCCGUUUGCCGUCAGCAACCCGGACUACGCCCGGCUGGGGCCGCACGACCGGGGAACGCUGCGCAUGCCUGUGUCGAACCGCGUGGACGAGUACGGCUUUCUGGGCCGCUACGGGCUCACAGGCAGCGUGUUCCGGCUUCUGUGGAGGAUGCGGGUGUCUGUGUUCACGUUUCUGCGCUGGCUGGGGCCCCUGGGGCCGUCGGUGCUCAUUGGCCGCAACGCCGCCAAGCUGGCCCGAUCGGGCAAUAUCCAAGAUAGCCGCGAGCUUGCCCUUUUUUUGCGCUACGUGUACAGCUGCUGCGUGCGCGCGUCCUUCAGCGAGACCAGCAUCAUGCGGAUUUUCGACGCGACGGUUGUGGGCAAGGUGCCCGUGCUGGACAAGAUCCGCGACAUGGCGCCGGCGACGGCUGCCCACGUGUGUGCCAAGGACUUUCUGUGGAUCUACGGCGAGCACGACUUCAUGUACCGGGCGUGUGGCCGGGCGGCGAUCGAGGAGCUGCGUCGCCGGGCGCACGCGGGACCCAGCACGCCUGGCGAGUACCGGUUCCGCACGGUGGCCAACGCAGGACACAACAUGUACCUGGACAACGACGGAGCCUUUGACCGCGAGGUGAUCGACUUUCUCAGGUACUGA